AUGUUUUUGGAAACCGUGCAGGAUACGGUGCAUGGUACUGUGGCUCGUGUAUAUAAGGUCGACCAGCGAAUCGGGAGCAUCACUCAACGCAGCACUUGGCGCAGAAUCAUGAAGGUAAAGACUGCACUGCUAUCCAUGGUGGUGGUGAGCGUGGUCCUCGAGGUUACCGCUGCGGGGAUGCUGGACGUCGACAGCGGCAAGCUCGACCAGUUCUUGACGUCCGCCAAGUGGCCCCGUGGCGCCGCGUGCCUGGCCGCUGUCCUUCCGAAGGCGCACCCGAAGUACACCAAGUGCCUGGGGAUAUCACGAUACCUGAGAAAUAUCCUGAGUAACGGAUGCCAGGGUUGCUCGAGUCGAGAAAACACCAACAUAAACAAACUCGUAAACGCCAUGAAAUCCGAUGCACCCGGGAUGUAUGCUGUUCUCAUGGCAUGAGAUUUUACAGAAGGAUGGAUAUCAAUCAAAGUAUGAAAAAGGAACCGAGGA